AAUCAGAAUGGAUUCUCAGAUCAAGCAUGCCGUGGUGGUGAAAGUGAUGGGUCGUACCGGAUCAAGGGGUCAGGUGACCCAAGUUCGAGUGAAGUUCACAGACUCUGAUCGUUUUAUUAUGCGCAAUGUUAAAGGACCAGUGAGAGAAGGAGAUAUCCUCACUUUGCUCGAGUCCGAGAGAGAAGCUAGGAGACUUCGUUGAUGUUUCUCUCUUUUUAUUCCUCUUGACUGGAUUGAGAUUAUGCUUUUCAAUGGAAUUUUGUUGUGUCUUUAAGACAAUUUGCUCUGUUUUGGUCUUUAAAGUCUCUUGUCUGAAACUCUAUAUCAUCAGAACUUGUAUCACACAUCAAGAAUUUGCCCUAUGUUCUAAAUCUGGUUCAACCUAAACCAAC